AUGGCACAAGAACUAAUGAAGAGGCAAAGUAUGGGGAGAGGAGAAGAUAGGAUCAGUAAUCUCCCUGAUCCUAUCCUCCAAUCCAUCCUCUGUAUGAUGCCUCUAAAAUCAGCUAUAAGAACAAGCACCCUCUCACAGAGAUGGAGAAACUUAUGGGAGUAUAGCUUGAUCUCUUCCGCCGCUUUAGAAUUCGGCGACGAAUUCUCCUGCAAUCAAUCUCCGAAGCAGUUCGUGUCGAUGCUCAAUCGGUAUCUACACAUCUACGAAAGCAAGCACGUCGAGAAGUUCCGAAUUCUCUUCUCCCCCUUCGAUCUCUUCUUCCGUGAUAUCGAGACUUGGAUUGGCUUUGCGGUUAGUAAAGGGGUGAAACAGCUUGACAUAGACCUCUCGCAAGGGAUCGUGCAAAACGGAGUGUAUAUUGAUGGAAAAGUGGCGUUUGUAUUGCCGAAUUCUUUAUUUGAGUGCAACACUUUGACCAAUUUGAGUUUGAGCCGAUGCGACAUUGCUUCUCCUUUCGACGUGAGCGGAUUUCGCGGCCUUCGUCAACUCUCUCUUAGUCAUGUUAACAUCACAAAUGAUAUGCUCGAAAGGAUGUUAGUCGACUGCAGGGCCCUCGAAAGCUUGAGCAUUAAAAGCUGCUUACUACUUUCCGAGAUUAGGAUUACAGGCCCGGAACUUAGACUUCAAAAGUUGACAAUAAUGGAUUGUUUCGAGGCUUACGAUCUCGAGAUAUCUGCUCCCAAGCUUCAAUCUUUAAUCUACUAUGGGAGGAUCUGUUCCACAAAUGAGUUCCAUAACAUGUCUUCGUUGGUCGACGCAUGCAUAUAUUCGAUUGGUAGAGUUAACUAUGAUCUUGAUGAUGACUAUGCCAAGUGGAUAUCUGAUCUUUCUCAGGUUAAGGUUCUGACACUUUGCAGUGUAGCCCUGAUGGGUAUAGCCUUUGCCGACGAGUACGGUGAGGAGGAACUCCCUAUAGAGUUGCAGAAUCUGCAGGAGUUGCAGCUUGUGAUGGAUUCGCUGACCGAAGAACAUCUCUCGUACAUCUCAGCCUUUUUUCAGCUCUGUCCUUCUCCAUUCCUCGAAAAGCUUUUCAUUCAGCUUCCUGGAGAGCUCAAUGAGCUAAUCGACAUAACGUAUGGAGCGUUUAUUGACGAGGAUUCGCCUGGUGUUUUAUUUAACCAUCUAAAAGUGAUCAAAGUUACCAAUUUUCGGGGGUUUGUUAAUGAACUGAGACUGGUGAAGUUUCUGCUAGAAAAAGCUGUUGUUUUGGAAUCUCUUGUACUGGUUACUCCUCUAGAUGUUGACCGGAAUGAAGAAUCUAAUAAUAGCCAAAGUGGCUGCGAAACGCAAUUCAUGAAGCCAAGAGAAACCUUGUCUCUCAAAAUUCUUCGAGGGCAGUUGUUAUUGCUAUCAAAGGCCUCGAAUGAAGCUCGAAUUGUGUUACGUGAAUUUUCUGAAGAUGACCGUAGUUUGAAUCCGAUGCAUUCGAUACUUUAUACAGAGAAUGUAAUACAAGUGUUCGACUGAAUCAAAUGGCCAUUUUGUAUCUUACUGUCAAGUUAAUGCGAAAUUAGCCUUUUCCUUUGGUUGAUAGAUACUAUGUUCUUUUUCUUUAUUAUAAUGUUUCUAUAUCCAUCCAAGCAUACAUUUCAAAAUAGGCCAUCAGAAAA